AUGCUGGCGUCCAUGGAUGGGUCAAAGCCCGCCUGGAUGAAGUCUCCAAGCCCCUGGAACAUCUUCACAAGCCCUCGAUGGAUCCGGAUCACACUGGCGACAGUAGUGAUAUUGUCGACCUGCAUCUUUCUCGCUGUGGAAACGCGCGUGUUCGACAAAAUUCCCAUGCCGGCCUUGAUCAGCCAUAAAGCCGCCGAAACCGAAAAGCCGAAACCGAUUCCCACACCACCGUCCUAUCUCGAAGCCAACGUCACUGGUACCGACAGACCGGAGAAGCUAGCAUACGUUACUUUCCUCACAGGAGAUGCCCUUGAAGGCGACGACCUGUCUUCGCCAAACAGUGAUGCAGACAAUUUGGAGGACGACAAGUACUUCCAAGCCAUCCGUAUCCUCAUCUGGCAGUUCAUUCAUAAACCUGAGACGCGCACAAAGCAUGAUGUCAUUGUCAUGGUCACUCCUACCGUCACCCAGGCACGACGCGACCGGCUAGAGAAGGAUGGCGCCAUCGUUCAUGCUGUAGAAUUUCUGCACACUGCCAACGACAGUUGGGUCCACCCUGAGUUUCACAGAUGGGACGACGUAAUGACUAAACUGCGUGUUUGGGAGAUGACCCAGUACGAUCGCAUCGUCGUGAUGGAUGGCGACUCCAUGCUGCUCAAGAAUCUCGACCCAGUAUUCGACGACCCCGCCGCUCAGCUGCUCGCUACCAAGCCGUCCAACGAUACCGGUCUGCCCUCAACUUACCUCCUCGCGUCCAACUCCGAAGUCUGGGACUCGACUCAUGCUUUCCCGCCUACGUAUGGCACAGGUCUCAAGGGCCCCGGCAACAUGAACGCCGGUUUCUUCAUCCUCGCGCCCUCGCUUCCCGUCUUCGAGUACUACAAGACGCUACUCAACACACCCGGCUCUUUCGACCCCCGAUAUCCCGAACAAAACCUUAUCAACCACGCGCAUCGCUGGGACGGACCCAUGCCUUGGCGGGAGAUUGCCUAUACGUGGAACAUCCGUUGUCCCAACGACAACGACAUUGCUAAAGGGCUAGUCAGUGUGCAUGAGAAGUGGUGGAAGCAGCCAUACAUCUACAACAAUGACAAGACGAAGCAAUGGUUGCAGUCACGGCGGUGGGAGAUGAAGGGAUGGUAUGAUGCUUUUGAGGGAUCGAACUUGACGCGUGUAUGA